CAAGCUAUUGAAGUUCGUGUAUUAGAACUUACAAUUAAAGAAUUUUCCAAUAAUGCAUGCAUGAAAUUGGAUAUUCUUGGUUGUCACAAAACAAACUGUUUCGAUGUGAAUGAAUGCGAACAAAAUAAUGGUAAUUGUGAGCAAAUAUGUAUUAAUUCACAAGGAUCAUAUCGUUGUGCAUGUGAAAUUGGUUUUGAUUUACUUACUGAAGAUGGACAAGGCGGUGUUCAUAUAAAGGAUGGUGAAACAGGCUUAAAUGCGUUAGAUGUUAUCCGAUACAAUCAAACAUGUGUACCACGUUUAUGUGCUAAUUUAUCGUCACCAAAAAAUGGAUUACUUCUUUCAACCGCAAAAACAUUCCAUUAUCCGAUGGUUGUACAAUUUCAGUGUGAUUUUGCAUAUCAAAUGAUGGGUGCAAGCCAUUUGAAAUGCAUGCAAGAUGGUAGUUGGAAUGGUACAGCGCCAUUUUGUCUUCGUAAGUUAGCUUUCUCUUAUUUCAAUCUAAAAUUAGAAUUUUUUUUUCCGAAUAAAUAA